AUAACGUAACAUCAAGAUUUUUAAAAGAUGUUUGGAUUUUGAUAAAUGGAUAAAAACUGUGCUGAAGGUUCAGGUAAAAAUGAUUUUUCCUCAAAAUCACCUAAGAAAACCUAUAAAACUGAUUCCUACUUUGAAGCUCAAAGAAAUGAUGCUUCAGAUGACAGACUUGGCGAUACUACUUCGAACAUUACAUCUCGUAAAGAAAGUGAACUGUUAGAGAAAUGGCAAGUAGCGAUGCACAUUCUCAAAGGAAAUAUUGGAACUGGAAUUCUUGGUUUACCAUCAGCCAUAAAACAUUCAGGAGUACUUGUUGGACCAACUGUAUUGGCUAUUAUCGCUGUUAUUUCAGUUCAUUGUAUGCAUUUAAUUGUGUUGUGCAGUCGCUACUUAAGUCAAAAAAACAAUGUUGAAAAUUACGACUAUGGUGAAGUUGCUGAAGAAAUAUUUUCAGAAUACGGCGAAAAACCAAAAUACAUUGCCAGACUAACUAUUGAUAUCUUUCUUGUACUCACUCAACUUGGAUUCUGUUGUGUUUAUUUUUUGUUUGUUGCUGAAAAUUUAGCUCAGGUGUUUGGAAUGUAUGAGGUUCGCAUCUGGAUAUUGAUAGUUUUAGCACCAGUCCUUUUGUUAUCGUUUAUACGAAAGUUAAACUUUAUUGCUUAUUUGUCUACCUUUGCAAAUGUUUUAUGUUUUUUUGGAUUGGUAGGAACAUUUCAGUAUCUUCUUUUUAAUCUUCAAAAUCCAGCUAUAUAUCCUGCAUCAAAACCGAUUCGAGAAUUUCCAUUAUUUUUUGGAACUGCAUUAUUUGCUUUUGAAGGCAUUGGCGUUGUACUUCCAAUAGAGAAUAAAAUGCGAAAGCAAGAAGACUUUUUUUGGGUUCUUGAUACAUCUAUGGCAACUGUAGCUAUUCUUUACAUUGCAAUGGGAUUCUUCGGCUAUGUUGCAUUUGGUGAAGAAAUAUUAGCAAGCGUCACAUUAAACCUACCCAAGUUACCAUUUUAUGUCAUAGUAAAGUUAUCAUACACACUUGCAAUUUUUCUUACGUAUUUUAUUCAAUUUUACGUUCCUAUGGAAAUUUUAAUACCACCCCUUCAAAGAGGAGCAGGAAAAAAUUGCAAAUUGGCCUCAGAUGCGUUUAUGAGAAUCUCUAUGGUGACAGUAACAUGCGCAUUGGCGAUAAGUAUCCCUCAACUUGACAACUUUAUUUCUCUUAUUGGAGCAACAGUAGCUGCCGCACUGGCAUUAAUCUUUCCUCCCAUACUUUAUAUAAAAUGUUUUUGGAAUGAAGACAUUGGAAAGUUUGAGAUCAUCAAAAACUUGACAAUAUCUUUAUUGGGGUUCAUUGGAGCCGUCACAGGUACUUACAUCACAUGCGAGGCUAUCGUAGAAGGAUUUAAAAAGUCGGAACAGUUAAAUGAGAACAAAGGGGAGUUUUUUUCGAUUGUUUUGAACAGUACGUUGCCGUGGUUUUAGGCGUGGCAAAAUAUUUUUUCAAGGCCAACAUAAUGUAUAUUGCAUUUUUUAGAAUAACUAUUUUUUUAAUUUA